AUGGGCUGCGCUAGUUCCGCGCCCACCGCGAACGCGGCAGCGGGGGAGGUUGGGAAUGGCAGCGAGGGCCAGGCGGAGGAGUGGACGCUGUGCGGAUGUGGGGGAAAUCGGCGCGCUAAGGAGGGGAAGGUGCGGACGCAGGCGGGCGGGGAGAAGAGGCGGAGAACCAGGGAAAACGAGGCGCAGAAAGGGGAGGCAUUGAGGGACGGGCGCGCGGUUAAGAACGAGCGGAACGCGGAAGUGAUGCGCGGUGGGGACCGAGGCGAGGAGAGGGACGAGGGGAAAGAAGCGCACGAGGGGAGAGUGGGAGGCAAGGUGCGCGCAGAGGGCGGGCAGAAUGGCGCGGAGCUUUGCGAUGGCACGGGGAUGGACGGCGGAGCAGGGGGCGGCACGCUCAAGGUGCGCAGCACUGAGGGGGCUGCGGGCAGGGGGAGGGUGCAGGCAGGGCGCGCUCUGGCCUGGCAACGAGGGAGGCGCGGCGAGCCCCCACCGCCCAUCUCCCACGGCCCUCCAUUGCAGGAGCGCGCUGCCCCCACGGCCCGCCCAGCUCGCCCAAUCCGCGACCAGCAUGCAAUCCCCCGCCAGGUGCCAUACUCCCUUGCCACCACGUGCCAUUCCACUUCGCUGCUCCGCUUCCUGCCCAUGGCAUCUCCUCAAUCCCCCCCACGUCAUGCUCACUUUCGUGGAGCCCGUGUGUGUGUGUGCGUGGUAUGGCAUGUGUGCGGCACACGCAGCAGGGUGGGCGUGCUGGCGUUCGAGGUGGCAGCAGCGGUGGUGAGGGCGGGGGUGGUACGGCAGUCAGUGGAGGGCGAGGACGUGGACGAGCUGCGCACGGAGGUGCUGGCCUCCGAUGGCAUCGCCUUCCUCCUCUCCUCUGACUUCAACCACGUCUGGCAGAUUGCCGCCCGGGAUAAGUGGGAGGAGGUGGGGCGGCUGGCAGCGAGUGUGGCGCGUCUCGGCUCGCAGUGCACCGACACCGCUCUGCACUCCCUCGCCCUCCGCUUCUCCAGCCUGGCUGCAGCAGUGAGGGAGCGGCAGGGAGGUGGGGGGGAGGAGCAGGGGGGGGCGGAGGAGAGGGAGGAGAGGGAGGAGGGGGAGGCGGUGGACGAGCUGCUGCUGCAGCUGGAGGAGGACGCUCAGAUCACCAUGGAGCUGAGGCGCGAGGUGCUGCUGCUGGAGGCCAUGCGCCGCGACAUGGAUGGCGCAUGCGACACUGGUGCCGAUGCUGGGGAGAGGGCAGCGGAGCUGAGGGCACAGAAGGAGCGGGUGCGCGCCAUGCAGGAGAGCUCGUUCUGGGACCGCCCACUCAAUGAGCUGGUGCGUGUUGUGGACCACCUCAUUCGCCUCGUCUCCUCCACCUUCGGGCCACUGCGUGAGUGCAUUGUGCAUUGCUCUCCUCCCUACCUCACUGCGUCCAACACCACACCCUUCCUCUCUCCAUUCUCACACCCUUCCUUUCUCCAUUCUCACACCCUUCCUUUCUCCAUUCUCACACCCUUCCAUCCAUCCCAUCCCCCCACUCUCCCCCGCAACUCUCCCCCCACACUCUCCUUCACAUCUCGCCCCUCUCAUCCCCCACAUGCCCCCUACGCCCCGCCAGCACCCGACGUCCCUCUGCUGCCCGUGCGAGGGAAGGGUGCACAUGCGAAAGGGGGGAGGGACGGGCAGGCGGAGGGGGGGAGGAAGCUCGGGGAGUCGGGCAUGGCACUGGCGUAUGCGCGGCUCAUCAUUGCUAUCGACCUCCUGGUGGGAAUGCAGGGGGCGGAGAGCCGGAGGGACUACCUGUACUCGCUGCUGCCACACUCGCUGCGCUGCAAGCUCAAGGGGGCGCUGCUGCAGUCACAACACAUCUGCAUGGAGAGCACGGAGAGCAUAGAGGAGAAGCUGGAGGGCGUGUUGGACUGGCUGGUCACCAUGGCAGACAACACCAUCAGCAACGUCACCCGCAUCACUCAUUCUCACUCCCAUGCCGUUCGCCACUUCCCAACUUGCCCCUCUCUGCCCCCCUCCUCCCCCCCUCCAAGCAGGUACGCCAGUGACGUGCGGGUGCGGGGAGGCAGUGCGCUGAGUCGCCUACAGACGCUACAGCACGUGGAGGAGGCGCGCAUGGAGCGCCUCGUGCUGCUGCUGCUCAUCGGCCUGCAGCACCUCGCCAGCCGCCAACAGCCCCCCCCUCCCCCCGCCCCCACACACACACCUGCACCUGCCCCCUCCACCGCCCCACCACACGGGGUGGGCGAGGGGGGGAGCGGCAGCAGUGGGGCCGGGCCCAGUGGCAAGUAUGCCAUGACAGGCGCUGGGGGAGGCACAUGGGGCGCUGGCAGGGGUACGGGCAGGGCGGGUGGUGGUGCAGCAGAGAGGAGGGGUAGGGAUGCAGGGGAAGAGGGGAGAGAGACGAGAGAAGGGGAGGGGCAGGAGGGUGAGGGGGGGAGCGGCAGUGGCAAGGGGGUGAGCAGGGAGGCAGCAGGCAGUGGGGGGGUUGCUUUACCCGCUACUCCUGGUGGUGGUGGUGGGGUUGGUGGCAGGGAGAGGGGGUGGGCGAGUCACACACGGGUGUGGCACCCCAUCCCAUGCACCGCCAUCAGAGCCCCCUGCCCGCCCCCUGCCGCCCACGUGGCAGCUGACUUGGCCAGUGACGUGGCAGCAAUGGAGGGUCACUCGCCAAGCGUGCCUGCAGCAGGGCCAGGCGGCGAGGAGCGAGCCGUGGGGUCGGUUGCAGCACAUGCAGCGGUGGGCCCGUGGGGGCAAGAGGCAGCCCGGGGCGAUGCAAGCACAGCAGAGGCAGACAGCGGGGCAGUGGCAGCAGAGGCGGCGGGUGGAGCAGAGAGUGGAGCGGAGGGAGCAUGCGAAGAGAGUGGUGAGGGCAGGGCGCCGAGCAGCGAGGGGCGCGUGGGCAGCCCCGGUGGCAUGCAGGACGUGCCUGCCAUCGACCUGCACGCCGCCGCGCUGUCCAGCCACCCGCAGUGGUCACCCGGGUCAGGCAGCGACCCCCCUUCCCCCGCCCCGCUGCCAUGGUCGGGGCCGCUGAGCGAGCGCAGCAGCGUGGGGCGCGCGUCACAGGCCAGCAGCCCGGGUGGCGUGGCUUGGAGCGGUGGUGUGCGGCGCACGGGCAGUGCGGAGGGCAGCAGGGAGGGCGAGGGCGUGGAGGAGUGGAGCGUGAUCCUGGGGCACUUGUCAUCCGCCGCUCGCGGUGCCGUGGGGGGGUUGGGCGGGGUGGGGACAGGGGAGGGUGAUGGGGGGAUUUCUGUGGAGAAUGCAGUGAUGGUGGGGAGUGAGGGUGUGGAGAAUGUGAGUGUGGGGAGUGUGAGUAGUGGGCGGCGGGAAUGGAGGGUGCCACAGAGUGUGCCUGAGGAGGAGGAGGAAGGCGAAGAGGGAGAGGCCAGGGGUAAGGAGGAUCAAGGGGAAAGGGAGGAGCAAGUGGGCAGUACAGUUCACAGCGGCGCAGGGGAAGUAGCUCCACCAGCAGCAGAGCCAGCAGUGUUGCCGCCAUUGGUGGAAUCGGACUCGUGUCCAUCUGUCCCUCCUGUAUCUCAUCUGCCCACCGAGCCUUUCACCCCUGGGUCUCUCAUGCCACCAUCGCCCUCUGCUGCCAUGCCACCGCGCUCCGCCCUGCUAGCCGGUGCAGCACCUGCAGCAGGCAGUGUGGACGACGCCAUGCCCGCCACUGUGCUUGCCACCGCCGUUCCCAGCAGCGUGGCAGCAGAAGGGGGCCCGGUGGCGAGGGUGCGGGCGAGGGCCCCGCGGGCGGGGUGGAAGAGCAAGAGCCAGCCGCUGGAGCGACUGGCGGCGCGCAUGAAGCAGCGGCAGCAGCGGGCCGCAGGGCAGCUGCAGGAGAGCACAGGCGUGGCGGGCAGAGGGGGCAGCCCCCAGCUGCAGGGCGAAGGGGGAGGCAGGGGGCUGGCAGGGCGACAGUCAGUCUCGCGCACUCUGAGUCGCCUGCAGCAGCAGCAUGCCAACAGCCUUACCGCCUCCUCUGCUGGCGGCGCUGCCCUGGGCGCGGACUCCCCCCUCCACGCGCGCGUGCUGCGCCGCGCGCUCACUCCCAACCCCGGCGCUGCUGCUGACGGCAGCCACAGCGGCUGGAGAGGCGAGGAGGAGGCAGACAUCGACCGCAUCCUGGAUGCGCGGCCUGACAUGGACAUCAGCGCUCUCAGCCCCAUGCUCAUGCGCUCCCCCUCCUUUGGCCGCCAGCAAUACUGGAUGGUGUGA